CGGUUCCUGCAGCGCCGGGCACUGCUGGAGCAGAAGGGGCUGCUGAGCCCCUGCAGGUGCAUAAGCGUCCAGGACCCCGCGGAAGGGCCAGAGGCACAGAGCGUGCUCACCAACAUGGAAGGCACCGCGACACCCCGCUGCGGGAAGGUCCCCAAGCCCAAAAAGGCCCUCUCCCCAUCCCUGUCCCCAUCUGCCUCUCCUGAGAGCGUAGCCAGGCACCACUCUGCGUUGCUGUCCCAGGGAAGUGGCAGCUCCAAGGGGGUGCAGACGUCCUCCCUGCUCCUGCGCCCGGGCAAGUAUGUGGCCAUCGACUGUGAGAUGGUGGGCACGGGUCCUAAGGGGAGGCUGAGCGAGCUGGCACGGUGCUCCGUGGUGAACUACGAGGGGGAUGUCAUCUAUGACAAGUAUGUCCAGCCCCAGCUCCCCGUUGUGGACUACAGGACUCGCUGGAGUGGCAUCACCAAGCAGCACAUGAAGAGUGCCAUCCCUUUUAAGGCUGCCCAGGCAGAGAUCCUGAAGAUCUUGAAAGACAAGAUUGUAGUAGGACACGCCAUCCACAAUGACUUCCAAGCCCUGAAGUACUUUCAUCCAAAAGACAGGACUCGAGACACCAGCCAGAUCCCUGUGCUGAAGCAGAGGGCAGGGCUGCCCAGCAGGGCCAGCGUCUCACUCAAGAGCUUGGCCAGGCACCUGCUCCAGAAGAAGAUCCAGGUCGGCUGCAAAGGGCACUCGUCCGUGGAGGAUGCUCAGACAGCCAUGGAGCUGUACAGACUGGUGGAGGUGCAGUGGGAGAGGGAGCUGGCCCGUGGGCUGCCCCCCCGGCCCCCCAGCCCCGUCACAGACCCCAUCACUGACAGCAACCAGUACAUGGAUGACCGGUACUGGCCCUCAGACCUGAUGGCAAGCAGCCUGUGA